UGCAGUUGUAUUUACUGGCCGCAUCAGCUGGUUCAUAACGAGAAUAAACGUGACCUGGGAUUAAUAUUACACCAAUUUUAACCAAAACAGACCGCUACUUAUUCCACCACUUCCACCUUACUCUACCAGAAUCACAUCGUUUAUAUACUAACCGUCUGAGGGAGGAUCAGCAAACAUGUUCUACACCUGUGGUCCCAACGAGGCUAUGGUGGUGUCAGGGUUCUGUCGUUCUCCUCCAAUGAUGAUAGCUGGAGGCAGAGUGUUCGUUUUCCCGUGCAUUCAGCAGAUACAAAGGAUUUCCCUGAACACUCUGACUCUGAACGUGAAGAGCGAUAAAGUCUACACUCGUCAUGGGGUGCCCAUCUCUGUAACCGGGAUUGCCCAGAUGAAGAUCCAGGGUCAGAAUAAACAGAUGCUGGCUGCAGCCUGCCAAAUGUUCAUGGGGAAGUCAGAGGCCGAGAUCGCUCAGAUCGCCUUGGAGACGCUGGAGGGACACCAGCGGGCUAUCAUCGCCCACCUGACUGUUGAGGAGAUCUACAAGGACCGAAAGAAGUUCUCAGAGCAGGUUUUUAAGGUGGCUUCCUCUGACCUGGUCAACAUGGGCAUCAGCGUGGUCAGCUACACGCUCAAAGACGUUCACGACGACCAGGAUUAUCUGCAUUCACUGGGGAAGGCUCGAACAGCCCAAGUUCAGAAAGACGCUCGCAUCGGAGAGGCCAAGAACAAGAGAGAUGCUGUGAUCAGGGAGGCCCAUGCAAUGCAGGAGAAAGUGUCAGCUCAGUACAAGAAUGAGAUCGACAUGGCAAAGGCCCAGCGGGACUAUGAGUUGAAGAAGGCAGCCUACGACAUCGAGGUCAACACUAAGAAGGCUGAAUCAGAGAUGGCCUACCAGCUGCAGGUGGCGAAGACGAAGCAGCGUAUUGAGGAGGAGAAGAUGCAGGUCCAGGUGGUCGAGCGGACGCAGCAGAUCAUGAUACAGGAGCAGGAGAUCACCCGCAGGGAGAAAGAGCUGGAGGCCAAGGUGAAGAAACCUGCGGAUGCUGAGAGGUACCGUCUGGAGAAGCUGGCUGAGGCUGAGCGUCUUAAGUUGAUCAUGGAGGCAGAGGCCGAAGCUGAGUCCAUCAGGAUUAAAGGUGAGGCUGAGGCAUUUGCAGUGGAGGCCAAGGGUCGCGCUGAGGCAGAGCAGAUGUCGAAGAAGGCAGAGGCCUUCCAACAGUACAAGGAUGGAGCCAUGGUGGACAUGUUGCUGGAGAAACUGCCUCUGAUGGCAGAAGAGAUCAGCAAACCCCUGUGUGAAGCCAACAAGGUUACCAUGGUGUCCAGUGGAGCCGGGGAGGUGGGCGCAGCCAAACUGUCAGGAGAGGUGCUGGAAAUCAUGACCCGCCUUCCGGAGGCGGUGGAGAGGCUGACCGGAGUCACCAUCUCCCAGGUGACCUCUCGUACAGGCUGAAGAGAAUCAACCAGGCUGGUGACCAGGCAGAUCCAUUCUCCCAGUGUCUAAUCAGCUGACUGCAUGAGUCUGCUUACAGCCUCUUUCCUCUUCUCCCAUUCCUGUGUCACAUCAUCUGUAUAACUGUUUCCCCCAUGUAGCUCUGUCGACAUCUUGCUCUGAUGUCUCUGUGUUUGUCUGUUUUUGUGGUCACUGAUACCCAGCUCUGUCUUAGCUAAAAGUAUUGCGCUACAGUUACAGUUGUUAUUUCAAGUAAUUGGUUUUUAUUAAGUUCAUAUGUUCACAGGUACUACGGUACAUUAAGCAUGAACAGAAAACAUAUUUUAUUUUCAAUAUUCUGGCCUGUGACUUGAUUUACAUUGGCUUGUCCAGAUUUUAAAAUGCAUUGAAAAAGCAACCAAAGUAACCGUAGCCUCUGUGUAAGUCUUGUCCUUUCCUACGUUCUUCUCUCUACAGAACAUUUUCUGUGUUUGUGUCACACUGAGAACGUCUUUAUUUGUCUCCUUUUGUCUUUGUCCCCACUGUCUGUGUUGACCUUUAAUGUCUCCUUCAUCACUGCCUGUGCACUACCUUGCUGCCAAACCUUAAGUGCAUCUUAACAUGAAAGUUUAAUACAAACAUAACGUUCAUAACCAUAAUCAUUUACUAAUGCUACUAACAUUACAUAAUCCAAAUAAUAGACCAAAACCACAGCCUGUAGUUUUAGCCAUACCAGAUGGAUAAAUGCAAACUAACAGGUAAUUCAAAUUGUGAUACCAUAUGUAUGUCAUUGCUAUGUAUUCUAUUUUUUUAAUCUGUAAUUGCUUUCUUUAUGUAUUCUCCAUCCACAAUGUCUACUGAUGUCUUCUAGUCUUAUUACUACUUACUUACAAUAUUUUUUAAGGACCCUUUGCUUAAGGCAUACAACACUAUAUAGUACCAAACAUUAGAAACCUAUACAACACUUUACUCUGUGACUUCAUGCAGAAAUAUUAGCAUGUUCAUUAACCUUUAGUUGACUGCAGGUUCUAUACUAAGCACUUCUGUAUUAAACAUGUUUGUUUUUGUAGUUUUAUAUCGAUCAUCACAGCACUGCGAUCGUCACUUUAAACCUCACAGCCCUUUCUAUUGGUUGCUUAAAAUUUACUGUUAACCUUACUGUAACGACAAUGUUAAUUAUGAUGUUACCAGGAAAGUUCAUGGUCGAGCAAAAGAGAAAUUUGUAAUAGAUUGAAACAGUCAGAUUUUUUUAAUAAACCAAUGCUGUAAUGACCAUCGUAGAUAGGCAUUUUCCUGACCAAAAUAAUUGCAAUUUACAAUAAUAUCCAGAUGAUCACCAAAAUAUACUUAAACACACUGUUAGCCUUCAACCAUGGUGACAGGCUUGUGGCAAUUAAAAAGAAAUCAGGAAGUCAGUAUAGGACUGUAUGUUAGCCUGCUAGACGUGCAUUCAUAUUGAUUCAUUCACAUAUACCAUCAUUAACAGUGGGGUCACAGGUCAGGGUCAGCUGCAGAACUGAUAGGGAUUCAGUCUCUUCCUAAGAGCACUUAAACAAAACAGAUCUAGACCGAAACAGGAGCUUGGACCUGGAUCUUCUGGUUCAGGUUCCAUUGAUUCUGCAGCCUGAUAAUCCAUACAUUGUACUAGAUGUAUACCUUAAGUAAAGUGGUGCCAUUUAUGAUUAUGGCCAGUUAUGUAGCAGCUUUCAUAAAGGUGUAGCUUGUGGAACUAAAGGUAAAUGUAAGAUAUAGCUUUAGCCUUCUAUCGUAGCAAUGGGGAAACCACAGUGUAAUUAUGAGAUAACUGUACUGAAAUACUGAACUAUGUUAUCAUUAUCGUUGUUCUUUAAAUGAAAGCCUAAUGAGAAGAGAAAUGGACGAGAUGCUAAAGUUACUUUGGUUAGAAUUGUAAUUGUCAAGUGAUCAGCUUGUACUUCAGGGAAAGGAAUAUUUAAGAUUAGAUUUUUUUAAAUGUAAUACGUAAGGAAACCUCGUGCAUUGUAUGUUAGCAGUUUCUCAUCUUUGAGUCAAUGCAUCUGUCACCCAGAACGAUAUGCUAGUGAAGGUUUAGGAGCUCACUCUGAAGUGUUGGUUCCUAAAAAGUAUUCCAACUUGCCUUAUACCCUAACCCUAUCACCCUGUCACCCUCUACCUCACCAUAACCCCCGGGCUGCGUAUUCAAAACACGUUUUAUGUCACCAUUGUAUCUGCAUACAUUUUAAAGCAUCAAAAGAUACUUAGGAAUUGUGUAAUCACUACACUACUACAAGCACUACAUUUAACCAAGAAUAGUCUUUUUUUUCUCCUCAAUGAUGCUUAAACAGCUCACUGUUUGUCUGUCUGUGACUUUGUUCUCUGCACUGCUGAUCACGGUACAGCCAAAUGUAUUGAAAUGGCUUUCUGAAGGUAAUUGUAUGUAUUUUAAGAUGAGUACUACUGUUAUUAUGCAUGCAUUGAUACCUGUAAUUUUAAUCUCGCAAAGUAUAUGUUCAGUCAGGACAAUAUGGAAUUACCAAAGUAGGAAGAGAUUACCUAUUGGUUAGCUAUAGAAAGGGAAACGGGAUAUUUGUUCCUCUGUAAUUGACUGUUUUAAGUGUAAAAAUACUCUAAAGUGGCACUACAUAUGAAUACAAAUGUAUUUAUACAGUAUAUUUUGAUAUUUGAUACAAUAGCAAGAUCUGCUUCACAAGUCACCAUUACCAACUUUCACUCUCACUAACAGCGGCCCCAGUCAGUGUUUCAUUAUAUACAGUAUAUGUAUUUAAGCUGUAGUCAGUUUAGUAGAGUUUUCUGUGUUAUUUCGAUUCCUGUUGUUUGCUGGUGAAGUUCUGACAAAAUGGAAGCUUUUAAAUUACAGUCUGUGCACCUGCGCAGGAAAAUGUUAUUCUACAAUCAUGUACACAAUAGACUUGUCAUUAAAUUGCAAAAAGGAAACCACUUACGUCCUGUACUCUUAUAUUCUACUGCUGCUUAAUACUUGUUAGUCUUACUUUGCUCUAUUUCUGAGUUGUGCAUGCUUGGUUUUGUAAUUUUGUUCACAUUGUUAUUUUAUUCAGUGGGCGAGUUGUGUUUUGAAUUGUAUCUGCAUCAUGUUUUUACGGGGACACCAUGAAGUACAGCUCUCACAUGCACGGCGAGGUCCAAAUAAAAAAAAUUUCUAAAAA